AUGUCCUACCCGCAGGGCUACCUGUACCAGGCGCCCGGCUCGCUGGCGCUCUACUCGUGCCCGGCGUACGGCGCGUCGGCGCUGGCGGCGCCGCGCAGCGAGGAGCUGGCUCGCUCGGCGUCGGGCUCGGCGUUCAGCCCGUACCCGGGCUCCGCGGCCUUCACGGCGCAGGCGGCCACCGGCUUCGGCAGCCCGCUGCAGUACUCGGCCGACGCCGCCGCCGCCGCCGCCGGCUUCCCGUCCUACAUGGGCGCACCGUAUGACGCCCACACGACCGGGAUGACAGGCGCCAUCAGCUACCACCCGUAUGGCAGCGCGGCCUACCCGUACCAGCUCAACGACCCAGCCUACCGCAAGAACGCCACGCGGGACGCCACGGCCACGCUCAAGGCCUGGCUCAACGAGCACCGCAAGAACCCAUACCCCACCAAGGGCGAGAAGAUCAUGCUGGCCAUCAUCACCAAGAUGACGCUCACGCAGGUGUCCACCUGGUUCGCCAACGCGCGCCGCCGCCUCAAGAAGGAGAACAAGAUGACAUGGGCCCCGAGAAACAAAAGCGAGGAUGAGGAUGAGGACGAGGGUGACGCUGCGAGGAGCAAGGGGGAGAGUCCAGACAAGGCGCAGGAGGGCACGGAGACAUCAGCGGAGGAUGAAGGGAUCAGCCUGCACGUCGACUCGCUCACGGAUCACUCGUGCUCAGCCGAGUCGGAUGGGGAAAAGCUGCCUUGUCGGGCCGUGGACCCCCUGUGCGAGUCGGGGUCCGAGUGCAAGGAUAAGUACGACGACCUGGACGACGACGAUGAGGACGACGAGGAGGGCGAGCGGGACCUGGCGCCACCCAAGCCCGUGACCUCGUCGCCGCUCACUGGCGUGGAGGCGCCGCUGCUGAGCCCCCCGCCCGAGGCCGCGCCCCGCGGUGGCGGCGGCGGCAAGAUGCCCCUGGGCAGCCGGACGUCGCCGGGCGCGCCGCAGCCCGCCAGCAAGCCCAAGCUGUGGUCUCUGGCCGAGAUCGCCACGUCGGACCUCAAGCAGCCAAGCCUGGGCCCGGGCUGCGCGCCGCCGGGGUUGCCUGCGGCCGCCGCGCCCGCCUCCUCCGGGGCGCCGCCGGGCGGCUCACCCUACCCCGCCUCGCCGCUGCUCGGCCGCCACCUCUACUACACGUCGCCCUUCUACGGCAACUACACAAACUACGGGAACUUGAACGCCGCGCUGCAGGGCCAGGGGCUCCUGCGGUACAACUCGGCGGCCGCGGCCCCGGGAGAGGCGCUGCACUCCGCGCCCAAGGCGGCCAGCGACGCGGGCAAGGCGGGCGCGCACCCGCUGGAGCCCCACUACCGGCCCCCGGGCGGCGGCUACGAGCCCAAGAAAGAUGCCAGUGAGGGCUGCACCGUGGUUGGUGGGGGCGUCCAGCCCUACCUAUAG